CUGGUCUGGUCUUGUUCCGGGUCAGUGAGGACUUGCAAUGGCGGCCUGUGGUAGUGAGGCCCGGGUCGGCGAUGUGGAGGAGGACGCUUCCCAGCUGGUGUUCCCGAAAGAGUUUGAAAGCUCAGAGACCCUGUUAAACUCUGAGGUCCACAUGUUGCUGGAGCACCGGAAGCAGCAGAACGAAAGUGCAGAAGAUGAGCAGGAGCUCUCUGAAGUGUUUAUGAAAACGUUAAACUAUACAGCCAGAUUCAGCCGCUUCAAAAAUAGGGAGACCAUUGCCAGUGUUAGGAGUCUGCUAUUACAGAAGAAAUUACACAAAUUUGAGCUAGCCAGUUUGGCCAAUCUGUGUCCUGAGACAGCUGAGGAGGCCAAAGCCCUCAUUCCCAGCUUGGAGGGUCGAUUUGAGGAUGAGGAGCUCCAACAAAUCCUUGACGACAUUCAGACCAAGCGAAGCUUUCAGUAUUGAUUCCAAUAUCUGCUAAAGCCCAGCUCUUCCUGAUGCUAAUCCACUGAACAAUGGUGCUGGUGCUUCUCUCUGAUGUGAACUGAUUGUACAGAGAGUGGAGGUGCCGACCCUAUAGGCUGAAGCAAACCAAAUGCACUGAAUGUGACUGUGAACCCUUGGACUAGUCCUAAAUCCAGAGCUGUUUAGUAACAUGUUACUUGACACCUAAGAGUACAAAGACGCUCUGGGGUCACAGAAUAGGAAUAUUGCCUGUUUUUGUUUCAAUCUGAUGUCUUUGACUGUGUUUUGUUUUCCCUUCCAUUCUGAUAAAUCCUGUAACUAAUUCUGAUGGGAUAUUAGCCCCACGUUGUUUUAUUAAAGUGAAGACCCAUAUGUUGGAUCCUA